ACUGCCGCUGCUGCUGCUACUACUGCAGUGCUCUAGCCCGUGCAGAGAGGCUGGUGGGCUCAUUGAAAGACGUCUGGACACAGAGACGCUACGCCCCCCUCCUCUGCGCCAGCGCCCCCAGCAGCCUGCCCCCGGUGCGCCUGCCCAGUCACCCCUCGCCAGGGUAGCGGCCAUGCCUGGCCUCAGACCGCCAGCUGCUCGGCGCCCGGGCUUCGCCAUGCGUUGCGCCGCUGUCUUGGCGCUUCUGCUUUGCGCCGGGCAAGUUACUGCCCUCCCUGUGAACAGCCCUAUGAGUAAAGGGGACACGGAGGUCAUGAAGUGCAUCGUUGAGGUCAUCUCUGACACACUCUCCAAGCCCAGCCCCAUGCCUGUCAGCCAGGAGUGUUUCGAGACCCUCCGAGGAGACGAACGGAUCCUCUCCAUCCUGCGACAUCAGAAUUUGCUGAAAGAGCUCCAAGACCUCGCUCUCCAAGGUGCCAAGGAGCGCGCUCACCAGCAGAAGAAGCACAGCAGUUUUGAAGACGAACUCUCUGAGGUUGUGGGGAAGCAGAGGGGCCAGCUGAAGGAGGGGACAGAAGACAUGUCCUUCAAAGACACUACAGAGAAAAGAGGAGAUUCUGCGGAGGUGGACCAGAAUGGUGAAGACGUGGUUGGGGAUGGGCCUCGGGCCUCCCCUGAGCCCAAGCAGGGGUCCAAGGUAGAGGAUGACCAGGCCCCAGGGGAGGAGGGGGAAGCCGCCGGCACCCACCUCCUGACCACCCCCCCCAACGAGAAAGCCCCAGGCUCGCAGACCGAAGGGGACAGCGAGGGCCCCUCUCGGGAUCUGGUGGACAGAGAGAAGGACCCGCGUGAGGAGCAGGGGCAGCAGGCAAAGGGAGAGGAGGCCAAGGAGGCGGGGCAGCAGGCUGGCCUGGAGCAAGAAGGUCCUGCCACGGCCCUGAGUCCUCCCGAGAGCUUCAGCUACAAGGAGACCCAGAGAGGUUGGCCGGAGGCUCUGGACGGAGCCAGGAAGACGGGGGCUGAGGAGGCCCAGCCCCCCAAGGGGAAGGGGGAGCAGGAGAAGGAGGAGGAGAAAGAGACAGCAGGGGCCCCUGCAGGUCUCUUGCCAGGCGGGAAGAGUGGGGAGCUGGAGCAGGAGGAGCGGCUCUCCAAGGCGUGGGAGGACGCCAAGCGGUGGAGCACCAUGGACCAGCUGGCCACGGAGCUGGCGGCCGAGAAGCGCCAGGAGGGGGCUGGCGGGGAGCAGGAUGACCCAGACCGCUCCAUGAAGCUCUCCUUCCGGACCCGGGCCUAUGACUCCCGGGGCCCGAGGCCCCAGCUGCGACGAGGCUGGAGGCCUGCCUCCCAGGAGGCCAGUGUGGAGGCCGGCCUGCCCCUUCCGGCGCGAGGCUUCCCGGAGGAAAGGAAAGAGGAGGAGGGCAGCGCCAGCCGCAGGGCAGAGGACCAGGAGCUGGAGAGCCUGUCAGUCAUAGAGGCAGAGCUGGAGAAGGUGGCCCACCGGCUGCAGGCGCUUCGGCGGGGCUGAGACGCCCACAGACCCCAGCAGCCAGGGCUCCGAGGCGCCCGGUGGUCCUGGCUCUUUUGCUCCCCUUGCCAGGCUCUGGCCAGACAGCUGGGCGCUGCUUCUGGUAGGGAGGUGGCCCCCAGCCCACCCCAGCCCAGGCCACUGUCGCCCCAUGCUCCUUCCUGCCUGCUCGCGGGCCCCCACCCCAGCGUGGCCCUCUGUGGGAGGCCCACAACUUUAAAUGAUCCUCCGGAACACAGGCAGCUUUCUAGAAGUUUCCUUCUACCACCAGAACCGUUGGGCACAAAUGCAAUAACUUCUGACCUUUUGGGGAAAGCUGAGACCUCCCAACUGUAACAUACUCUGUACAAAAUUUAUCUAAGGAAAAAUAAAUCUGCUGUGGGCUCUUUCCUGUU